UAGAUUUUUUCUCUUUACGUCUGGUCUCCCGCCUAUCACUUUCGACUGCGCCGCAGCUUUGCGCACACCCGGAAAAACACAACCCCACGUGUUGAGAACACGCGGUCGGGGUUGUGGUCAAACCAUAGACCCACAGACAAACAUUUUGUCAUUUCAAAAUAAAUCUGGACCGAUCGGGUGCGGGGCCGUGCGAGCACGUAAUGUCAUUUUAAUUUCAGACUUUACUUUACUGAUGCAUAAUAUGGUCUUAUUUUUAUUCAAGUGUUCACGGGGUGUUUUGCUUGUCGACACCACCAUCAACGAGGCUCGUAUUUUGAAGGUUAGUAAACGGAAGUGGUCCGAGUGACGCUGUGGGAAACGAGGAAAACGCAGGUCUGGAGCUUCAGCGGUUGUUCGUGGCUCUGCUUCAGUAACGGACACAGAUGGAUGAAGAAUCAGUCUGUCCUGGUGGACCGACAUCACCACCCCAGGAGGAGAUGGAGGUCACCGUGGCAACACAGCUAGGAAGUCUCAUCGUAUCUCCGGACAACGCAGACCCGUCAUCAAACGCACCGACAGUUUCCGAGGAAAACGGAGAUUCGUUGGCAACGGCGUUGUCUUUGAACGGAGUCUGUAAGACCGAGGACUGUGACGGCGAUGAGGAUGACUCUGAGGAUUCGGACAGUGACAGCUCUUCCUCCUCAUCCUCCUCUUCUCCCUCCGCCCUCGUAAUAGAGGACGAUGAUGAUGAGGGUUUCAGCCAACCGGUCCCCAUCAAAACCAGAGAUGAAGUCCUGCCUGAGGAGCUGCCGGCGGUAGAGGAAGUGUCUGUUUCUCUACCGGAGGAUGUGGAAUUGCAGCCCGUGGGAACAGUCUCCAGUAUUAUACAGCAGCUUGUUGUCAUCCAGUCUCUAAGAGACACACCCGCCCUCAUUGAUGACAGCAUCAUCUUUACCUCUGAUAGGCAGGCUGUGGGCAAGGUGUUCGAGGUGUUUGGUCCAGUGUCCAGUCCGCUGUACAUCUUACGGUUGAACUCUGUGGAGCAGAUAAGCAGCAAGGGGCUGAAGGAGGGACUGACCGUCUAUUACGCACCAGCCAUCAAAGAGUACACGGGAUACAUCCUCACACAGCAACUUAAACUUUUUAAGGGAUCUGAUGCAUCUUGGAAGAACGAUCAGGAACCACCAGCAGAGGCCUUAGAUUACAGUGAUGAUGAGAAAGAAAAGCAGGCAAAGAGGAAAGGGAAAAACUCCAAAAAGCGACGGGACAAUAACACCACAGAUAAUCCUGCCCAGAUUACCCAGAACACCUCACAGCAGCAUCAGCAGCAGCAGCAGCAGCAACGUGACAGCAGGGGUUUCCCACCAAGACACGCAGGGCAUUCAUUCAGGCACCAGAACCCGAGGAACCAACAGCCACUGUACAGACACACACACCCACCACACAGACACAACCACCCACCGUCGACACACGCAGACGUGCCCCCCAUGUACCUCCCUCCCCCCUGCCCGUACCCUCCUCCACCUCAUCACCAUUUCCCCCCUCCCAGCUUCCCUCUCUACCCUCCUCCUCCAUCUUUCUACAAUCCGUCUUUCUCCUCUCCUCUAUGGCCGCCACACUCUCUGCCCUUCUCUGACCUCCCCCCUCCUCCCCCGCCCCCUCCCCCUCCACCACAGUGAUCUGUUCACACUCUGCACAUAUAGUUAUAAAAAUGAAUAUGUCGUGUUUGUGGACUGUCAGACUGGACAAAUCGUCCACGUCUUUCAAUCACAGUCUGCUUGUGAGCAGUGUUUAUUUAGCUUCCUUUUUUUUAUUGUGUUUUUCAAGUUUCAAAUUUUAUUUUACUUACUAAAAAGCUGAAUAUUUAAGUAUGUGGCUUCCUGGUUCUUUAUCAUAUAAUUUUACUGAGCUAGUGAAAAAAACUGUAAAAAAAACACACCCUCCAUUGCUGGAGUAAGGACCUACUUCCUGUUGUGCUGUUUGUAAAUGAAAUGCUGAUGCUGCAAGUCCAUAUGUGUAAAUGAGGUGUUGGUAUACAGAUACUGGAUUUUUCUAAUCUCACUGAGUAAAUGCCAGUGUCAAGUGGACUUAUUAAAUAUGUUUGAAUGUCACUCAUGUCUGUCUGUCGCUUGUAUGAACACACUUCAUUUGGUUUUCAUGUUUUUAUUUUUGAAUUUCAUCGUAUGUUCUGCAGUUUUUCAUUUCAAAUACAGACUGCGAGUGUCUUGUUGUAGUUUGUAAGUGACUGAAAUGACCGUUGACUUUGCGUCAGUCAGUUCUUUUUCUACACAGUCACGUCGACAAAGGAUGGAAGAGCAGUAUGAAGAAAACAUGUCGAACAUAACGGUUGUUCAGUUUUGGAUUCAGUUAGAGCUUCGUCUUCUCUGAGCCUACAAUAUUCUUUAGAAUAAAAAUCAUUCUCCAGUUGUGCAGCUUUGAACUGAACAUGUUGAGAUUUAAGAGUGGUGGGAUAAGACGAGCUAUGAAAGCCAAACAAGUCAUUGUCACACGUGAUAUUUCUUUCUUUUUUUUGUACUAGAAUUCUACCAUCUGGAAAACUUGGUCAGUGGGAAAUAAAUGUCUUUUGUGUCAAAUA